CGAGUCCUGCCAUGGGCUUGCCAUCGCCAGGGAUAUCGGCCUUAACUUUUUCCCCUUAACUGAGCAGGCAUCCAGAUUAUACAUACAUAAUAUAAUGCGUGGAGGCCAUAUACACGUAUUAUACUGAGUUAGACUCCGCGUCCAUUUCAUUGUUCCCGUACAUUAGUUCAGGAAUUUAAUCCACCGACUUUUUGUUUGGUAGUGAAAUAAUUCCAACGCAGGGUGUCACAACCGGAAGGAGAAACCGGCAAUUUGUUCUAAGAGGAUGCCGGCGCAUAUGUGAUUGUUUGGCUGUGCGCGCUGCUGCAUAGAAAAAUCGGCUUUUCAUCAGUCAGCAUCGUGGCCGCGGCUAUUCAGCCCCGGCGUCUCAUGCGCUCUAUUCAGAUAUUUUGCCAUCCUAGUUAACCGGUUGUUGAAGGAUAUUUUCACACAUGUGGAUUAUAUGGAUGGGAUAUUGAUGUGUCAGUGGGAAAAUAUGUUUUUCUUCGGAGGAAACUGAGCGUCCUCUGUUGUUCAACAACCAACCGAUCUUUCCACUUCGCAUAUCACAGUGAAAAAAAACGCGAGGAAUAUUUAUCAGGAUUACUGUCCGGGGCACUACACAUUUUAUAUUGACAAUCUGGAGUGCUUGCCGGUAUUAAUGAUCCUUGAGAGGUUAUCUCCGUAGCAGAAAUAUAUAUACAUGUAAUUCCCCAGGCCGUGAAUCUCCCUCUAUGCAACUCUGAUCACAACUGCCUCUAGCGCUGCACACUUGUCCCAUCGCGCGAGUCCCAGCCGUAGUAGUAGAGGCAGCGCACUAGGGUACCCUAAUACGUGCGUCUGCAAAUGGGCAACCGACAGGCUUCCCCCACCGCUGAUGCAGUCCAGACGCACUCCAGCCGGCGAACAUCCAAUGCUUCCAAAAGCCCCUCCACCUUCUCCCCCACCGCAGAUAAAUCGACACUUCAGCUGAAAAUCCACACUCGCCAGUCGGUGGACAAUGGCCGCGGAGGCGGGACACCCUCGGGCAGCAGUAUGGGCGGUGCUUCCACUCCGACGGGACAACUCGUUUCGCCGACCGCGGCGUCGGCAUCCGGAUCGUGGCUCUCCAGUAAAAUCACCUCUUCAACGACUUCCCUACGUGCUUUGUUCAAAAACAAGUCCUCCAGUCCGGCCCGACCAGCCAGUCCCCCGACGGCGGCCGCAGCGGGCGUGGAUGGACGGAAUCUGGGUGAGCCCGUGCCCGAUGUGGACAAUGCGCCCCUGGACGCGCAGGGCCAGGCCCCGCGCAAUCGCGGCCCACCCCAGCCCAACGGGGCUCACGUGGACAAUGCCGAGAAUAUUCUGGAUCGGCCGCGACGCCGUGGCGCCUUCUCGUCGGAGACCGUGACGGAGGAGGAUGUGGCCAAUUAUGUUAAAGCUGAAGUGGUGCCCAAGGAUCCCCAAACGACCGAAGCCCUGUCGCGCGCUAUUCAGAAGAACAUUCUCUUUUCCCAUUUGGACGACUGUGAGAAGAGAGAUAUUUUUGAAGCCAUGUUUCCUGUGGAAUUUUCCAAAGACGAAACGAUCAUUCGACAGGGCGACGAAGGCGAUAAUUUCUACGUUAUCGAAGCCGGUCAAGUGGAUAUUCUUGUUAACGAGGCCUACGUUGGAUCGUUAAGCGAAGGUGCAUCAUUCGGCGAACUGGCACUGAUCUAUGGGACACCGCGUGCUGCAACAAUUAUUGCCAAAUCCGACAAGGUCAAAUUAUUUGGCAUCGAUCGCAACACAUACCGGCGCAUUCUGAUGGGCAGCACUAUCAGAAAGCGGAAGCGCUAUGAGGAGUUCCUUAGCAAAGUACCCAUUCUCGAGAGCCUCGACAAAUGGGAACGUUUGACAAUCGCUGAUGCAUUGGAACCUUGCUCUUUUGAAGAUGGACAGACGGUUAUUACGCAAGGCGAUCGCGGCGAAGAUUUCUUUAUUAUUCUAGAGGGAAAUGCCGUGGUUUAUCAGAUUCCACCGGAAUCUAUUGACCAGAUUCCAGUAGAAGUUGGUCGUUUAGGCCCUUCUGACUACUUCGGUGAAAUUGCCCUAAUUUUGGAUAAACCACGCGCAGCAACGGUUAAAGCCCUUGGAACGCUCAAAUGUGCUCGCUUAGAUCGGCCACGCUUUGAACGACUGCUUGGUCCUUUGAAAGAAAUCUUGACCCGCAACAUUUCACAAUACCAUACCUUGGUUGAACUGGGCAAAUAAUCCAUGGAGACUUUUUGGAUGGCUUCUUCUUUUAUUGUAUACAUUGUGCUGCAGCACGUAAAUCUCAAAAUAUCUUUAAAUAUUUGACUAGGCAAGCAGUUUGAUGCUGAUUUAUUGCACAUAGCUUAUUUAUUUCGCAUCAUGAUAGGGUGUAUUUAGAAUUCUGGGGGUUUUCUGCUGUCAAAGGGCGAUAAUAUGAGGGUCUGUUCUCCGCUUUAUGUGUUAGAUGGUGUCAUGUUAAUCAUUUAAAACAAGAAUGAGCUGAAGGAAGAACAACAAAAUCUGAUAU